CAGAAGAAAGUGGUUACCAUGAGAGUGAUGUCAACAACACAGGACACCACAGAGAAAACAGCUGUGCUACUGACAUGCUGAGGCCCAUAAAGGCAGACAGCAGCCCUCUCACCUAUGCUCCACCCACUGCCAAGCAAUCUACAACCAGAGACAGUAGAGGAAGCGAUACAUCUCACUGGCUCUAUUUCCUGGUUCAUGUGAAGUCAAUGAAACAAGCAGAACAGACACAGCUACUCUCGCAAUUGGUGUUUAUGAGGGAACCACCCCUUAAGCAGACCGGAACGGUGACCAAGGUAAAUGGACAACGGUAAACGGCGUCUUAUUAAUUGAUCUGAAACAUAAUAACGGCCAUUUUAAAAAACAUAGUCGUUGACAUUCAGAGAGCUGACAUUCUGAGCCUCAGGUCGGUAGAUUAACAUAUCUCUGUCAGACCUUUAUACACCCUCUUUGCUACAAUCUUACCCAAAUGCAUGAUGGGGGUCUACCACAACUUCUGGACCCAACGCCCCCCACCUGACGCCCAUGACGCCCAGCCAAUCAUCGCUGAACUAUGUACUGAUGAUAGCCAGCCGGGGGCAGACAGAACACAGAUCAAAAAGAGACGCUGGUGUCGCACCAGCUGCCUUGGCCUGUUUCUGUUCCUGGUCGUGAUGAUGACUGUGGUCAUCCUGGCAAUUGACCUCAAAGACCGGAUCUCACCUUCAACAACCAAUCCAGCAGCAAACAUGUCAGUUGCGAAUCAGAAGCAAUACCAUGUAGAAUACCCAUCAGAGUACAUCUUCAUCCUGGAUGAACCAGAGAAAUGCCGGGAGCAGAACCCCUUCCUGGUUCUGAUGGUGCCAGUGGCGCCCUAUAACAGGGAGGCUCGUGAGGCCGUCCGCAGUACUUGGGGCAGUGAGAGGCAGGUACUGGGCAAACAGGUCCGUCUGUUCUUCCUGCUGGGACUGCCCAGUGGAGAGGAGACAGAGCAGCUCCAGGAGAAUGUGCUGCAGGAGAGCAAAGAGCACCAGGAUCUGCUGCAGAGUGACUUCAUAGACAGCUACAAAAACCUGACCAUCAAGACCAUGGUGAUGAUGGAGUGGCUGAGCUCUCGCUGCCCCUACGCCUCCUACGCCAUGAAGAUCGACUCAGACAUGUUCCUCAACGUGAACACGUUGGUCAACAUGCUGCUUCACGCUCCAACGCAGAACUACAUGACUGGACUAGUGGCCCGACGGGCCGCCGUUCUAAGAGACCCUAACUCCAAAUGGUACCUUCCAAAGGAGGUGUUUCCUGAACCAGUAUAUCCACCUUAUGCUCUGGGCCUGGGCUAUGUCUUCACCUUAGACCUCCCCAGGAAGCUGGUGGAGGCGUCCAGGCAUGUUAAAGCCGUCUACAUAGAGGAUGUGUAUCUGGGACUGUGUAUGAGACACCUGGGCAUCCGGCCUACUGACCCCCCCAGUGGAAACCUCUUCCAGGUUUCCCCUGUGGCUUAUGACCGCUGCACCUACUCACGACUGAUAACCACCACCACAUACAGUAUCACUCACCAGGUCAACGCAUGGAAAGACCUACACAAACCUGGUCCUCCAUGCUGAUCCCAUACACUAACAUACUGACUGAUGUACCAAUCACUUCCUCGUUGUUUGUUCAUAAACUAACUAUCUAACAAACAAAAAUCAAAGAAGGCGAUGCCUUCAGGGGAUGGGAAAAGGAUAUACAGUGCAUUUGGAAAGUAUUCAGACCCCUUGACUUUUUACACAUUUUGUUAUGUUACAGACUUAUUCUAAAAUGGAUUAAAUAAAUAAAAAAUCUCAGUAGCCACACACAAUACCCCAUAUUGACAAAGCAAAAACAGGAGUUUUGAAAUGUUGGCAAUUUACAAAAUUUGCUAUGAGACUCGAAAUUGAGCUCAGGUGCAUCUUGUUUCCAUUGAUCAUCCUUGAGAUGUUUCUACAACUUGAUUGGAGUCCACCUGUGGUAAAUUCAAUUGAUUGGACAUGA